AGAUAGUUAAGAAAAGUGUAAUAUUUAUUAUUUUAAAUAGUCAAGAGAUGACUUAUAAAAGAAAACAGAUACAGAACAAGGCUUGUGUUUCUUUGGAAAACACUGAAAUGACCCCUCUCUUCUGUACGUUACCUCCCCGAGGGAAAUAUUACCAAGAUCCAACCGCAACAAAGUGGAAGCAGCAGCCACAGGGACACCGGAUGGUUCUACUGACAUAGUCAUGCUGGGGAGCGUCAAAACAAGUGCAUCUCGCCACUGACACGCAGACCCCAGACAGACAAGGAGGAUUCAGGGAGACGAUUUUUACGGUUUUGGUUUGGACUGGUGAUCCAACAGCUCUACUAUGGAUUUAAAUGACAGCACGUCUCUGGCUGAGCUGAUGAGCCGGUAUGUGUCUACAGAAACAGGAUUUGGUGUCCCGAAGGAUGGCUGGCGGAUAUGCCUGGCCCACGAGUUCAAAGAGAAGCGCAAACCAUUUCAAGCCAAAGACGUCUCAUUGUCCAACAUGAUCGAGCAUCUUUCUUUAGGGGUCAGGUAUCUGAGAUGGUGGUACAGAAAGACCCAGGUUGAGAAGAAGGCUCCUUUUAUUGAUAUGUUUCGGGCUCUACCACUGAAACAAAUUUAUGGUGCUCCUCUUGGUGGCAUUGGCGGGGGCAGUAUCACACGUGGAUGGAGGGGAGAUUUCUGCCGGUGGCAACUAAAUCCUGGAAUGUACCACUACAAAACCGUUAUUGCUAACCAGUUUACAGUGUGUCUGCGCAGGGGUGGUCAGACGGUAUACCAGCAGGUGUUGUCUACAGAGCGACCCCCGACUCUUCAGGGUUGGAACUGGGGUUAUUGCGGUGAAUACGCCUUUUACCAUGCUCUUUACCCACGAGCCUGGACCGUCUACCACCUGCCUGGCCAGAAUGUCACUCUCACCUGCAGGCAGGUGUCACCCGUCAUCCCUCACGACUACAAGGACUCCAGUCUUCCUGUGGCUGUGUUUGUGUGGGACAUUGAGAAUAAGAAUGACUACGCACUUGAUGUUUCCAUCAUGUUCACGAUGGUUAAUGGGUCUGGACAUAAAGACGAUAAGAGUGGGGGCCACUGGAAUGAAUCAUUUCACCUGGAAAAAGACGGAGAAUCUGUGUCUGGGGUGUUACUACAUCACCAGACGCCCGUCAACCCUUAUACUCUGUGUAUGGCUGCAAGAGAAAAGUCUGGCCAAGAGAUCAGUCACCAGACGGCGUUCAGCCCAAAGGGAACCUGUAGUGCUCUGUGGAGUGACCUCAUGACUGAUGGACGGCUCGACUCGCCUAAGGACUCCAGCCCACCCACACAGAAAGGGGAGGAAGUGGCAGCAGCCCUGGCUGUGAGCUGCUCCGUGCCUGCUAACAGUCACAACAGUGUGGAGUUCAGUUUGGCCUGGGAUAUGCCAAAAAUCACAUUUGGCUCCAGAGAAAGAAUAUAUGAAAGGAGAUACACACGUUAUUACGGCAGCAAAGAAGAUGCUGCCCCAUCUCUGUCUCACUACGCGCUCACACACUACAGUAACUGGGAGGAGAGCAUUGAUGAGUGGCAGAGGCCGAUUCUACAGGAUGGGUCUCUUCCGUCUUGGUAUAAGUCCGCUCUGUUUAAUGAGCUGUACUUUGUUGUGGAUGGUGGAACCGUGUGGGUGGAGCUUCCAGAGGAUGCUGACAUCAGCGGUGGGCUUCGUCCUGAGGAUGGGGGGCUUCCAGCGCAGCCUGAAGUUGUCAAGGAUUACGGCCGCUUCGCUUACCUAGAGGGUCAGGAGUACAGGAUGUAUAACACAUAUGAUGUGCACUUCUAUGCUUCAUUCGCUCUCAUCAUGCUCUGGCCCAAGCUGGCUCUGAGUGUGCAGUAUGAUAUUGCUGGUAGUGUCGUUCAACACGAUCCUACAGAGAGGUUAAAUCUAAUGAAUGGCCAAUACUCACCAGUGAAGACCAGGGGCGUUGUACCUCAUGACAUUGGAGACCCUGAUGAUGAGCCAUGGGUUCGUGCCAAUGCAUACAUGAUCCACGAUACAGCUGACUGGAAGGAUCUGAACCUGAAGUUUGUGCUGCAGGUGUACCGAGACUAUUACCUGACCCAGGAUGAGCAGUAUCUGAAGGAUAUGUGGCCCAUAUGCCAGACAGUUAUGGAAACAGAGUUGAAAUUUGAUAAGGAUGGUGAUGGGCUGAUAGAAAACUCUGGCUAUGCAGACCAAACAUAUGAUGGAUGGAAGGUGACAGGACCCAGUGCAUACUGUGGUGGUCUAUGGCUGGCGUCAGUGUGCAUGAUGUGUAAAAUGGCACGUGUGCUGAAUUGCGAGUCUGUUUAUCAGCACUACAGAGAUAUUUUGGAGAGAGGAAAAGCAGCCUUUGACAAACUCCUGUGGAAUGGCAAAUACUACAACUAUGACAGCAGUGGACGGAGCCUGUCUAACAGUGUAAUGUCAGACCAGUGUGCAGGCCAGUGGUUUCUCAGGGCGUCUGGACUUGGGGAUGAUGACUACCAGGCUUUUCCCAAGGAGAAAAUCUGUAGUGCGCUGAAGUCAGUGUUUGACCUCAAUGUUAUGAGCUUUUCAGGCGGGCAGAUGGGUGCGGUGAAUGGGAUGAGGCCAGAGGGGGUGCCUGAUCAUUCCAGUGUCCAAUCAGAUGAGGUGUGGGUGGGAGUAGUGUAUGGAUUAGCAGCUACAAUGAUACAUGAGGGCAUGAUAGAAGAGGGAAUGCACACUGCUGAAGGCUGUUACCGCACUGUAUGGGAGCGAAUGGGAAUGGCCUUCCAGACUCCUGAAGCAUACUGUGAGAAAGGCAUUUACCGCUCUCUCGCUUAUAUGAGACCUUUGAGCAUCUGGGCAAUGCAGCUUGCACUGAAUAAUCGACCAAACCACAGCAAAACCAUUGAAAAAGAUGUGGGACAGGACUGAGCUGGAGCCUUAUAAAUGUGCUAAAGGGAACAUGCGCUGUCGAACCUCCAUAAUGAAGUGACCUCUUAGUUUUAAAAGACUGCAAAUGACUUUGGAGAUAGUGUCAUCAUGAGCUGUUGGUUCACACGGAAACUUAAUUUCCAGUUAUUUUGUAAAUGAAAAUGUGCAUAAUCUUUACCACAGUCCUUCUAUGUAGCAGCUAUAAAUCAUAGUUUUACGAAUGGGAGUGUAAAAGCUUGGUUUCGGUGAGCUGACAUACUGUUCAUUAUGAAAUUGGAUGUAGGGUCAUUGGUCUUUGGGAAUCAAGAAGUUAAAGCAUGAUUCUAUUUAAUUUCACUGUAUAUUUUUAUUUCUAUUAUGGGAAUGACCUAUAGAGUACGAGAGAGAAAGAACUGCUGGUUCUCUCUCUUUUAUUAGAAGUAUUUGUUCUUGUUUGUGUCUUAAAACAUCUGAGGCUUUGAAAAGUCACUACUGUACAUUAUUCUACAAAAUUGUAAUAGAAAUAAAAUUAAUUAAAUUGGAAUGAA